AUGGUGUCGCCUUCAACCUUGAGGGCCGCCGCCCUGGUCGGCAUCUGGGCAUUCAUAGUCCGUGUGAAUGCUCAGGGAUACUUCGUUGAGGACGCCCAGGCUUCCUGUGGUGUGAAGACCUUCAAGUACCUCGGUUGCUAUGAAACUGCCAACGACGUGGAUCCUUUCUACUUCCAAGCCCAAGGCAACGGUGGCGACCCUUCCAGAGCCUAUAUUGAAUACGUCAAUAACGACUUCGUCAAUGCGACAACGACCCCCUUCUACUGCACUAGGUUUUGCCGUCACCAUGGCUUCAGGUACAGUGGCUUGUGGAAGAACAGCUGCACGUGUGGUUCGUCACUCAACAACGGGGUCAAGAAUCUAAUACCAGCCACAGACGAGAGCAGAUGCAACGAGCCGUGCACUGGCGACCGCCUCGACACUUGUGGGACUUUCAGAGGUGCCAGAAUUUACGCCGAUGAAUCUUUCCAGGCUGAAGUUGACUAUGAUAAUGCUGCACUGCCGAACAACUACGAGAAGCUUGGGUGCUUCUAUAACCCUAACCUGCCCGGUGACGCUGCCGUUUUCAAGAAAAAUGUAGCGUCAUCGAGUCAAUGUUUCGCAUACUGUGCAGACUUGAAGCUGCCUCUGGCAUAUAUGAGAUACGAUACGUCCCUUGGCAGCACGCCGGUGGCCUGCAACUGCGGUGCCGACUUUGGAGUCGGUGCGCGAGCCUUCGAUGCUAACAGCGAUUUAUGUAAAAGGACCUGCGCUUCACCCCAAACAAGCGACUGCUCUGGCCAAAACUGUUGUGCUACUGGAAACGAGAAUGUCGUCCCAGUCUAUGCUGCUCCGCAGUUGAUGGGCUGCUAUGUUCCCAGAAUCCCAGGUAUCGCAGCGACCGGUGCCGCCACGCCCGCAACGGAUGCCUACAGCUGUUUCGCGACGCCUUCGUCCAUCAUCAACCGGGCCGCUUUCAGCGUAUCAUACAACCCUAGUCAAGUUACUCGAUCCGCGUCAUUCGUGGCUACCGUUACACCAACCGGGAGUGCUGCUCCUUCUGCGCUCUAUCAACCCUACGGCUGUUAUCCAAAUGCCAUCCUCGUGUCUCCCUUAACGGUCGCGUCAGGUUCGCUGCCUGGUGGUAUUGUCAAUGUAGACUCUUGCGUUACAUAUUGCAGUAACCAGAACAGGGACUGGGUGGCGAUGCGUGCCGCGGAUUCGGGCCCAUCGACAUGCAUCUGCGCUAAUGGCAUCAGCACAUCCGGCAACCCAGAAACAUUCGCCGUGUGCAACAAGCCAUGCUCGGGCUCAUUGACGCAAAACUGCGGGCCUGACUUCGGCAACGGAGGUUUGAUAUAUGUCAAGCAAUCCAACCCGUCGGCCGCUCUUGGUACAUGGGCGGUGGCUUACACCCAGACCUACGCCGUCAGGUCAGCCUACAGCUGUACACCCACUAGUGGGACUACUACCGUAACCAUCAACACCAACACGGUUAACACCAACACAGUGAACACAAACACUGCCACUACCAAUACUGUUAACACUAACACGGCUACUACCAACACAGUGAACACCAACACAGUGAACACUAACACCGCCACCAUUAAUACUAUCAACACCAACACAGUUACUACCAACACGGUUAAUACCGAUACUGUUAACACAAACACUGGCACUGUCAAUACGAACACUGUUAACACAAACACUGUUAAUACAAACACCGUUAACACGAAUACUGUUAAUACCAACACUAUUAACACGAAUACGGCCAACACAAACACUAAUACCGUCAACACAAAUACAGUCAACACUGUUAACACAAACACAGUCAACACGAAUACAGUCAACACUGUUAACACGAAUACAAUCAACACGAACACUGUCAACACAAACACUAUCAACACGAACACUGUCAACACGAACACUAUCAACACAAACACGGUCAACACGAACACAGGCAACACGAAUACUGUUAACACCAACACUAUUAACACGAAUACGGCUAACACAAACACUAACACCGUCAACACCAACACUGUCAACACGAAUACCGUUAACACUAACACGCAAACGACAAGUCGAACAGCAACAACGAGCACAGGCACGUCUAUGACUGGCACGGGCGGCAACACCAACACCGUGACCCAGGUGACCAACACAGGUAAUACAAACACUGUCGUGACAUCAACAGAAACUACCCCUCCCUCUUUGACUAGCCCAAGCACACAAACUACUACUACAGCUGUCGGCACUGGAGACCAAGGAACCACUACGGCGUCUGGCACGACAACGGGAGUGAAUACGGACAUAAUACAGACUUCCACCGACGACAGACUUACAACUACAACCACAGGAGGUGGGGACAACCAAAGCUCUGGAGCCACGUCCAAUACCCUCUCUUCAUCAGUAUCCAGUUCAUCGGUGUCCAUAACCUCCUCCGCGCCCACGGCCACGGUCACCGUUACUACCACAGAUGUUCAGCCAUUCAACGCAAUCUUCAAUCUGACUGCCGUCCCUGAUGAUUACGCUGCGGUAGUCGACUUGAUCAUCUAUGACCCCGUUACUAGAGAGCAGUCUACAGUUCCAUACGUCGUCGAAUACCUAGGCUGUUUCUUGGUUGGCCCUGGGCAAACCCCCUUUACUGGUAACGGGACACUGAGCUUGAUCGGUGAUGUCGACAUUGGGCGUUCCACAUCAGCUUGCGCUGGGUUCUGUGCAGGGGCUAAACUGAAAUACUCUGCCAACAACAAUGGCGACUGCUUCUGUGGCAACACACUGAACAGCGGCCAGCUCACAGAUCAGAACCGAAACCUCUGCAAUGUGCCCUGCACAGGUGAUCCCAACCAAACUUGUGGCGGUGGCACCAGAAUUCAGUCAGCCCAGUCAGCCCAGUCGCAAAGUGGUUUCAAGCGGUUCUCGAAACGCGCACCGGGAGAUUCCUACGUACAAAUCAUCCAAGCCGUUGAUACGAGGAACGCAACCAUUAUUGUCCCAAGCAAUUCGACGACAACUACUUCGUCUAGCGCUGCCACGUCCACCCAAACCUCGCAGACCUCUCAGACCUCUCAAUCCUCUCAGACUUCUUCUCAGACUUCUCAAUCCUCUCAGAAUUCUCAGUCCUCCCAGAAUUCCCAAACCUCCCCGACUUCCCAGACUACUCAGAAUUCUCAGACCUCUCAGUCCUCUCAGACUUCUCAGUCCUCCCAAACCUCCCGAACCUCCUCACAAAAUUCACAGACCAGCACUGCGAUCAUCACAACCACAAACAACUCUACUACUUCGGGUACUUCCCGCACCACAGCCACUGACUUGGCUACAGGUCCAUUUGCAAACACAACCAUGACUACCAGAAGCACUGGCAGCAGCAGCCAGUCCAGCCAGGUCACGACCAGCUCCCAGUCCGGAAGCCAAGCUGCUACCAGCACUGGUUCAGGUUCGACAACAGUUACGAGCAGCCCCGGCGGCUCCAACAACACAAUCAGCUCUGCUCCAUCUGGGACGACUACCAGCCGAGGCAGCACUGGAUCACCUGAGAUAUCUACUGGUUCCGGCAGCGCUGGCUCAUCUGAGACGGCUACCGGCACAGGCAGUGCCGGGUCAACCGAGACGGCCACCAGCUCAGGCGGUGAUGGCUCAUCUGCGACGGCUACGGCUACCAGCUCUGAUGUCCCCGGCGUCACAGACAUCCCCAGUGAUGCUUUGGUGCUUGGGGUUAUACAAGACCAGGGUGCCGCCACCAACGCCACAAAGCGGGAUUUGUCCGUCUUCAAGCGUCAAGCAGCCAGCGGCUUCAUCGGUGGCGCCGGGCCCCUGAACCCGUCCUUCUGCAGCGAUGCCACUCUGUUCAACCUGACCAACGGGCAGCUGUCCAGCGGCGGCCAGUUCAUUGCUACAGACCCGGGCGUCCCCUUCAUGCCUUUCCGUGUUGGCACUGGCGGCUCCAUCAGCACAACUUUCUCUGUCGUCAGCGGUGUCCUGCACUGGUUCAACGCAGCGUUCAGCGACGGCGAGGCGGGCUUCUGCCAGCUUCCGACUGGAUCGUUUGAGAUCACCUUUGGGCCUUCGUCUGAGUGGCCUGCUGGGUGCAUUCCCGUCUCUAUCGUUGCCUACCAGGCAUCUCAAUGCGUGGGCGGUGCUAUCGUGUCCAGUACACCCAUUGGACCUACUUCGACUGGUACCAGCGGCGGCGGCAACGGCAACGGGCCCGCCACCGCCACGGGGUUGCCUCAGUCGCGGAACAUCUUCCCCAUGGCCGCGUCCCCCACAGGCGAGUUCUGUGUCUUCACCACCCUGUCCUGGGUGUUUGGCCAACCUACCUUCCUGCCCACCGCCUAA